AUGGCGCCCAUCUCCCCCAUCUCCAUCUCAAAGAAGCGAUCCUCCCCCUCUCAGAGCGAUGAUAGUGUCUCAGAAGAACCAACCUCGAAGAGGAGACGGGUAGAGAUUAGCAUGCCUGGAAAACCUCCGCCAGAAGAACACUUCGACGCAAAAGCACAGAGCAUCACAAUGUUCGAUGACGAUCCACACCAGCUGUUAUCGCGCUCAGUUGCCUUGGCCUUGGAGCAUGUUGGUUUUACAGGCGCUUCUCCAGAAGCACUGGAAGCCUUUUGUUCUGAAGUCGAUGUCUAUGCGGAGCAUUUCCUUUCCAAGGUUACGUCCUCGAUGCUCAAUGCUCGACGGUCCCUUCCAACCCCUCUAGACUUUAAAUACGCCCUCUCCGAGUUCGACAUCCCAAUGGCAUCAAUAGAACCUCAUCUCAAGCCACCCAUACCUAAAGACAAGUUGCUGAUACAGCUCGAGCCUGCGCCUCCUACAGAACUAAUUCCGCCUGCCUUGGAGAAUCUGUUGGGAGAUGCCCUAAGUGGUGAAUCAGACAAGAAGUUGAAACCAUAUAUCCCAACUCGGUUCCCCUCAUUUCCCAGUAAACACACGUAUAAGUGGACGGAUAAGGAAAACGGGCGCCAGACAGAUCCAAGGAGGGUCAGAGAGGAGGCUGCCAAGGUUGCUAGGCAGAGCGAGGAAGCGCUGCGGCGGUUGACGAAGGUGGCCAAGGCAGGGAAAGAGAAAGACGUGAAGAAGGCAGCGAGCAAAGACCCAAAGAGCAAAGAGAGACAUGAGAUGUGGGAAAGGACAAUGGGGAAGCUGGUAACGAGCGAGGUGCAAGCAUCAGCCAGAGAAAGCGUGGACGACAAUGACCGAGGUCUGAUCGUCAAUGCAGACCGGAGUUUCUACAGGAAAGGGGCUGUCGUGAAGAAGAAGCAUACUCCAGUGGUACUGGAGGGGCUAUGA